UGAUGACAUGAAUUACUUUUACUUUGAUCUCAUAUUUUAAUUAUCAGACUUCACUCCCAAUGUUAGAGUACAACAAAACAUAUCAUUGAAAGUGUUAUAUAUAUAUAUAGCGAAGACAAUUAAGAAGUUUUAAGUAAUUUGAUCUCAAUUUUCAUUAAUUAGUUUGAAAGAUGCCGACAGAGAGUGUGGACAUCGGGGAGGCUUUGGUGUCAUAUCUUAGGGGAAAAUUUUUAGCACAAAUCAGUACAUCUCAUGAAGACUAUGAAGACUCAGACAUCGAUUCCGUGCGUAAUAAUGACGCCAUUCUUCAUCAAUAUCUUGAGGCCAAGAAUGGCAACAUCGAUGAGUCGCUCAAGACAUUGGUGACAGCCAUGAAGUGGCGAAAGACUUUUGGUGUGAAUCACUUGAAUGCGGCCUCAUUUCCACGAGAGUACUACCAAAUGGGAAGUCUUUUCACGUAUGGAUUCAACCUAAAAGGCGCGCAAAUGAUUGUCUUCCGCGUGAAGAAUAACAAAAAGAUAAAGUUUUGGUCGGAUAUGCUUAAGAAAUAUAUCGUAUAUCUCAUUGAGAAGGAAAGCCUAAGGUUUGCCGAUCAUCUGAAC